CUGAAAAACAGUUUCAUGUGUGAUACUUAUUGGAUGGCUCCUUUCGAUGCUAUUCUAUAUCACAAAACUACCUUACUUACCUAUCAAAACAGAUUAUUCUAAGAUCCUUCCAGAGCUUAAUAGCACAGAUGCGCUAGAAUUAAUUGAUCCAAAGACAGGAUAUCUAAGACAGCAAGGAUGGGGAAAAUAUCCAAAUAAAUGGCUGUACAAUCCCUCAAUGAGCAAAGCUUGGACAUGGAGCAAGCAGUUCUGGAACUAUUAUUAUAUUGCUACUGAUGAUUAUUUAGUAACAAUGUCCCAUGCAGACAUAGGGAUGAUCAGAGUCUCUCAUAUUAACAUUAGGAAUAUUAAAAACUAUACCGCCGAGCCCUUUAGAGAAAUAGUAGUUGAAGAUGUUAACAAAAUUUUUGUCGAAAUAGAUACUGAAAAGAAUGGCCAAGGUAUCUAUUCAACUGUGACGAAUGAAAAACUUAACAUGACGUUUUAUAAAAGACCUGAAAAUAACGAAGGGAGAAUUGAUAUCUCAGCAAAAGCUUUAUUGCCCACCGGCGAAGGUUCAUCUGGAUCGCAUUCUGAUCAUGGAUCCUCUGAUAUCGAAACUGAAAUUAAAGGGUCCUUUAGAACCUCCUUUGCAGAAUAUGAAGGAAUUGCUACAGUUAGUGAGGUGCCUGAUGCAUUCCAGAAUUGAGAUUCCUUGUGUAGCACCAAGCAUGUGUACACACAUAAAAUCCAACAGAAAUUUAUAGGCAAUCUUACUCUCAACGGCAAAACGAUACUUGACUGUAAUGAAACAAACAACUGACUCGGCUUAAGUGAUAGCGGAAGAGGGCAUUUUCCUUCUUUUGCAGGGAUUUCGAGUAUCAGAUGGGGCUGGACUUCAACUAUUUUUAAAACAGAUAAACAUCAAAUCAUGAUAGAUCUCAAAUAUUCAGAUGACAAUCCCAAUUCAAGUUUUGAUUCGGUCUUUGUUAAUGGCACUAUGUAUAAAAUAGAUCCAAUGGUGAAGAAACAAGUGGAUCAAGAUCACUGGAAGUGGACUAAAGCGGAAAAUUCGAAUAGAUAUCCUAAUUCUUUGAGACUGGAGUUCAAGAGAGAACAUCAUAGUUUUACUGAAUUUAACUAUUAUCCUGGAUUCUUGAAGCACUUCAUACCCUUCAAAGUUGAUUUCUAUUGCAAAUUUGGAUAUUAUUCUGGAGAACUCAAAAUAGGGCAAGAACAGACUAUCAAAUUCAAAAAUAAAUUUGGAUUUUUUGAAGAGUUUUAUUCUCUUGGAUAG